AUGGCCGCAAAGACGUUCUCUCGCGACGAGGUCGCAAAGAACAACACGGAAGACUCCCUCUGGUGCAUCAUCGACUCCAAAGUCUACGACCUCACCGACUUCGCCAUGGGCCACCCCGGCGGCGAAGCCGUCCUCCGUCAGGUCGCCGGGCAGGACGCCACCACGCAGUUCUACAACCUCCACCGCCAGGAGGUCCUCACAAAGUACGAUAAGACCCUCGUCAUCGGCACUGUCGAGGGCGAGAAGCCCCAGGUCCUCGUCACCGGCCCCGGCGAGCUGUCCCUCGUGCCGUACGCCGAGCCCACAUGGCUCACGCCGCAGUUCAAGUCCCCCUACUUUAACGACUCUCACCGCUCCCUACAAAAGGCUAUCCGAAAGUUCACCGACGAGCACAUCACCCCCGUGGCCCUCGAGUGCGAGGAAAAGGGCGAGCUCAUCCCUCAGGAGCUCAUUGAUAAGAUGUCCAAGGCGGGUGUGCUGCACAUGCGCCUUGGACCCGGCAAGCAUUUGCACGGCGUGGAGCUCUUGGGCGGCGCCGUCAAGGGUGAAGAGUUUGAUUACUUCCACGACAUGAUUCUCAGUCAGGAGAUGGCCAGGACCAAUUGCCGCGGUUUCCAGGACGGUAUGCUUGCGGGUAUGACGAUUGGUCUGCCGGUUGUUCUCAACUUUGCAAACUCCGAGUCGCUGCGCAAACGCAUCUCAGAUGAGGUCUUCAGCGGCCGGAAGAAAAUUUGCUUGGCCAUUACCGAGGCCUUUGCGGGAAGUGAUGUUGCAGGUAUAAGAACCACUGCCGAAAAGACACCCGACGGAAAGCACUAUAUCGUCAAUGGCUCCAAAAAAUGGAUUACUAACGGAAACUUUUCAAAUUUUUUUGUCGUCGGCGUUAAGACAGAUAAGGGCCUGAGCGUCCUUCUGAUAGAGAGAGGCGAAGGGGUUGAGACCAAGGCUAUCAAGACAUCCUACUCGCCUGCCGCAGGAACAACCUACAUCACCUUUGACAAUGUCAAGGUCCCAGCAGAGAACCUGCUGGGCCAGGAGAACAAGGGCAUCCACGUUAUUCUGAGCAACUUCAACCACGAGCGGUGGACCAUGGCUUGCGCCACAAUCCGUCAAUGCAGAAACGUUAUCGAGGAAUCUCUCCUCUGGGCAAACCAGCGCCUCGUCUUCGGCAAGCGCCUCAUCGACCAACCCGUCAUCCGCCUAAAACUUGCCAAGAUGAUCGCCCUCGUAGAAUCCCACCAAUCCUGGCUCGAGACCAUCACCUACCAGAUGAACUCGAUGCCUUACAAGGAGCAGGCAAAACACCUCGGCGGCCCCAUCGGCUUGCUCAAGAUGAGUGCCACCCGCGCCGCGCACGAGAUCGCCGACGAAUCGGUCCAGAUUUGGGGCGGCCGGGGCCUCACGCGGACGGGCAUGGGCCGCGUCAUUGAGAUGUUUAACCGUACCUACAAGUUUGACGCCAUCCUCGGCGGCGCGGAGGAGGUGCUGGGUGAUUUGGGCGUCAGGCAGGCCAUGAAGUUUAUGCCAAAGUCGAGAUUAUAA